AUGGCAAAAAUUCGUCGUUCUCUUCUCAUAUUGUGGAUACGUUCAUCCAUCCCAUUAUGGGUAUUAAUUUUACUGAUUGCGCUCAUCUAUUUAGGUGGUGUUGCCAACCCCAAUCAUUACACACGAAAUUUGGACGUACUCAUUGUUGAUUCUGAUCAACAACUGGUUGGACAGUACUUCACUCGUGCGUUUCAACAAUCGAAUCUAGGAAAUCAAACACUGCACUGGAUUUACGGACAAUCAAUGUCGAUUGAACAGGUGAUACAGGAAGUUCUUCGGGGUAAGGUGUGGGCGGCUGUGUAUUUAUCUGCUGGAGUAACUGAGCAAGUUAAUUAUGUAAUACAUUCAAUUUUAAAUGCCAAGUCAUCCAUCGUAAAUCCUAUAACCUACGAUCCAGUGAAUACCGUGACAAUUGUGUAUGAAGAAGGUAGGAAUGCGGCUACAUACAACGGAUGGAUUUUACCACCUAUUCGCACUGUUCUUCAAACGUUGAGCAAUCAAAUCUCAGCUUAUAUUCAAUCUGAUAUAGCACAGUCAUCGAAUACAUUUAAUCUCUAUACUCAACUGUCGUUAAUUCAGUUGGCCGAUAUCACCACAUCACCCAUUCAGUAUACUCUCAUGAAUAUUCAUCCGGCAUCUCCCUAUGUCAGUCAGCUAGGUACCACACUCGGAUAUCUAUUUCUGUGGCUACUCAUGGUGACAUUGGUAGGUGCAAACGUCAAAAUCACACGACCAAUGGCUGGCAAAAUUAAAAUUAUUCACAUUGUUAUCUUUCGCACGCUCAAUAUUAUUCUCAAUAGUCUUGUCAUCUCCCUGAUCUAUUCCCUGUGUGUGUUGUGGUUCGCACGGAUACAUUCUCACAUCCAAUUUGUCCGCUUAUGGCUAUUCAACUGGUUGUGUGCCGCUACAUUUUCCAUUAUCAUAGGUUUAUUUACAAUUAAUUUAGGCGCCUUAGCACAGUUUUUUCUCACUGUCUUUUUGAUUACCAAUCUAUCGGCAUCCACAAAUACUAUCGCCAUUGAAUUACAACCACGAUUUUAUCGUGUUGGUUAUGGACUACCAUUGUAUCAUGCCGUCAAUGGGGGACGACAUUUACUGGUUGGAUCACAUUCACAUUUUGGUGUUGAUAUCGCCACAUUAUUCGCCUAUUAUUUUGCAUGCUUAUUCUUCACUCUUCUCUCGGGUAUCUAUCGAAUGAGAAAACAGGAACAAGAAGUGAAAAAAAAGGCGUUGGAAAAGAUCUUAUCUUCAAAGUCGAAAAGAAAUAAAAAGUUUUUCACGUGA